CGGGGACGCCGCGAAAUGGCCGCCGGCCCCCAGCCCGCCUCUGCGGCCGUCACUGCCGGCUGCCGCCCCGCCUCGCCCUCCUUCCCCGCCGCCGGCUGCUAGCCCCUCUCCCCGGCAUGCGGGCGGCGGAGGCUGAGGCCCGGCCCGUCCGAGGCCAUGUCCCCGCGGGCCGCCUUCCCCGGGGAGGUGCGGCGGGCGGCCGCCUCGGCGUGCAGCCGGUCCCGCCUGCGGAGCGGCAGCACGGUGCUGCUGCCCUCCAUGCUGAUGUUCGGCGUCAUCUUGGCCUCUAGCGGGCUCCUCUUGAUGAUCGAGAAGGGCAUCCUGGCCGAGGUGAAGCCGCUCCCGCUACACCCGUCGGCCGGGGAGGUUUCCCGGCGGGUGCAGGCGCACGGAGGAGAUCUGGAGCUCGAGGUGCUGCGGGACAUCCGCAACCGCACCAUCCGCUCGGUGUGCGGGCAGCGGGCCAUGCCCCGCAGCGUCUGGGAGCUGCCGGCCGGGCAGCGGCGGACGGUCCUCCGGCACCUCCUGGUCAGCGAUAAGUACCGCUUCCUCUACUGCUACGUGCCCAAGGUGGCCUGCUCCAACUGGAAGCGCAUCCUGAAGGUGCUGGACGGGGCGCUGGAGAGCGUUGAUGUCAAGCUGAAGAUGGACCACAAGAGCGACCUGGUGUUCCUGGCGGACAUGAAGCCGGACGAGAUCAACUACCGCCUGAAGAACUACUACAAGUUCAUCUUCGUGAGGAACCCAGCUGAGAGGCUGCUGUCGGCCUACAGGAACAAGUUUGGGGAGAUCAAGGAGUACCAGCAGAAGUACGGAGUGGAGAUAGUCAGGCGGUAUCGGAAGAACGGGGGGAAGUCAGCGGGCGACGACGUGACCUUCUCCGAGUUUCUCCGCUACUUACUGGACGAGGAGGUGGAGAGGAUGAACGAACACUGGAUGCCCAUCUACAACCUGUGCCAGCCCUGUGCCGUGCGGUACGACUUCAUCGGCUCCUACGAGCGGCUGAACGAGGAUGCCAACCAUGUCCUGGAGCAAGUUCAGGCACCGUCCUUCAUCCGCUUCCCCGAAAGACAGUCGUGGUACAAGCCCGUGACGGCAGAAACGCUCCAUUACUACCUGUGCAACACCCAGCGCAAGCUGAUAAAAGAGCUGCUCCCAAAGUACAUCCUGGAUUUCACUCUCUUUGCCUAUCCCCUUCCAAACAUCACCAGCGAGUUCUGCAGGCAGUGAGGUGGUUUUUUGCUUCAGGAUCUGGUGUAAACUCUGCAAGGUUUCACUAAGACAGCCGCAGGGCAGGGGAAGUUCAGGUUGGAUACUAGGAAAACUUUCUUCUCCAAAUUUCUUCUCCA